GGACUUGCUCAUGGUGUUGCUAAAGAACCUACAAGAAUCAAUUUGGAUGUUCCUAUGCCAGAAAUAUUGAAACAACUAACUGUUCUUCCAGUAGAAUCACCUGUAUUAUUAAGUGGUACUAUUAUUGUUGCAAGAGACAUUGCUCAUGCUAGAAUUAACGACAUUUUAAAAGAAACAGGGGAUGUUCCACAAUAUAUUAAAGAUCAUCCAAUCUAUUAUGCAGGACCUGCUAAACAACCAAAAGGUUAUCCAAGUGGAUCAUUUGGUCCUACUACUUCUGCUCGUAUGGAUCCUUAUGUUGAUGAUUUCCAAGCUCAUGGAGGAAGUCUUGUAAUGAUAGCUAAAGGUAAUAGAAGUGAAAUGUUAACUAAUGCCUGCAAGAAACAUGGUGGAUUUUACCUUGGAGCAAUUGGAGGUGCUGCUGCUUUAUUAGCUGAAAAGAACAUUAAGAGCAUUGAGUGCAUUGCUUUUGAAGACCUUGGAAUGGAGGCUGUAUGGAAAAUUAAAGUCGAAGAUUUAUUGGCUUUUGUUUUAGUUGAUGAUAAAGGUAAUGACUUCUUCAAACAAAUUAAGCCAUUCUGUUCCUCUUGUUCUAAGAAAUGUUGUUGUGAGACAAAAUAA